GCAUGCGCAGUGAGAGCGGUCGCUUCAGGGUAGCAUGAAGUUGAGUUUGUUCAUUGCUCUUUGAAUUAAAAACAUUAUCAUCUAAUUCUAUCAUAUCGUUGUAAUUAUUAUAAGUAUUAUAUCGCAGCUAUAUAAAGGCGUUUACAGGAAGAAGAGGGAAGAAAUACAAAGCGGAAUGAAUCAGUUUGAACAUUUAAAGGAGGAAGACUGUGGUGAGGAGGAGGAGAUGAAGGACAGUAAUGAGAGCGACGGAGGAUCAAUCAACAACAACAACAACAACAUCAGACGCAAGACGGUGACCCCCGGCGCAGGCGAGCACCCGCUGCAGUAUAACUACACGUUCUGGUAUUCGCGCCGGACCCCCAGCAGACCCGCUAACACACAGAGCUACGAGCAGAACAUCAGACAGAUGGGGACGGUGGCGUCGGUGGAGCAGUUCUGGAAGCUCUACAGUCACCUGGUGCGACCCGGAGACCUGACGGGACACAGCGACUUCCACCUCUUCAAAGAGGGAAUCAAACCUAUGUGGGAGGACGAGGCCAAUAAGAACGGAGGGAAGUGGAUCAUCCGGCUGAGGAAGGGUCUGGCGUCUCGUUUCUGGGAGAACAUCAUCCUGGCCAUGCUGGGCGAGCAGUUCAUGGUGGGCGAGGAGAUCUGCGGGGUGGUGGUGUCCAUCCGCUUCCAGGAGGAUAUUCUGUCCAUCUGGAAUAAAACGGCCAAGGAUCAGGUGACCACGUCACGGAUACGAGACACACUGCGGCGCGUGCUCAACCUGCCCCCCAACACCAUCAUGGAGUACAAGACACACAACGACAGUCUCAAAGAUAAUUCCAGCUUCAGGAACACCAAGAUCGCUUUGUGAAAACCUGGAAAUAAUAUUCAUAUGGACACUUUCCCCUUUACACCAGCAGCAGCCGGUGCUUCAGACAGACUGUGUGUGUGUGUGUGUGUGUGUGUGUGUGUGUGUGAGACAGUGUGUGUGAGGACGUCGUCCUGUAACAUUCCUUCAGUUUCCUUCAGUGUUUUAUUCCUCAGUAACAGGUUACAUCAGAUUCAGUGUGUGUGUGUGAGACUGUGUGUGUGUGAGACUGUGUGUGUGACAUGAUUAAAGACAUUGUCUGCAGUUUAGUUCAAUUCUUGUUUAUUUGUAUGUUUUUUCAAAUACAGUUCAUUUCAAAGCAGGGUCUUUUCCAUUAAGGAACAAUUCUUAGCACCACUUUAAUAAUUGUCUGUGUUGUCUUUAAUGUCCAAUUCUUGUAUUUAACCAAUUAACUGUUGCCAAUAACAACUGAUUGUUUAAAAUUGUAUCUUAAUUAGCAUUUAAAAACUUUUGGGAUCAGUAAGAUUUUCGUUACUUUUUAAAUAAGUCUCUUCUGCUCACCAAGGCUGCAUUUAUUUGAUCAGAAAUACA